CAAAGAAACUAUGUGUGUUUGGCUCAUGUCUUAUCUCAUGGCCUUUAAAAGGGGUCAAACAUAGUAUAACUUGGACUCUUUUUGCUUUCUAUGAUCUCUCUCAAUCUCUUAUCUAAGAUCUCUUUCUUUCUCUCUGUGUGUUUUCAUCUCUCUUUCUCAUCAAUGGGUUCGAAUUUUCAUUACUCCAUAGAUCUAAACGAAGAUCAAAAUCAUCACGAACAGCCCUUUUUCUAUCCUUUUGGACCCUCUUCAUCUAUUCUUCAUAAUCAGCAGCAGCAUCACCAUCAUCAUCAAGUUCCCUCUAAUUCUUCAUCAUCCAUUUCAUCUCUAUCCUCUUACCUCCCUUUCUUGAUCAACUCUCAAGAAGAUCAGCAUGUUGCCUACAACAAUACUUAUCAUGAUGAUCAUCUCGAUCUAUCUCAACCCCUCAAGCAGGCCAAGAUGUUUAACGGUGGAUCAUCAUCAUCUUACGAUCACACGGCGCCAAAGAAGGAGAGAAGGCUGAAACUAACGAUAAAGAAAAAAGAUCAUCACGAAGGCCAAACCGAUUUUCUUAAUCAAAACCCGACAAAACCCAACGCAGCCUCGGACAAGUGGUUGAUGUCCCCAAAGAUGCGGUUGAUCAAGAAAACAAUCACCAACAAUAAACAGUCCUUUGAUCACACUAACAACAGUGUUAAUAAUCAUAAAGAAGAUCACUAUCCUAUGGAUCAUAAAACUACUUUCAAAGAAGAUCACGAUGAAGAACUCAAGAAAGUCUCAAGCAGGAUGACUACGACCGCGACCACAGAAAAUCGCUACAAUACAAUCAAUGAGAAUGGUUAUGGUAAUAACAAUGGCGUGAUUAGGGUUUGUUCGGAUUGUAACACCACCAAGACUCCUCUUUGGCGAAGUGGGCCUCGAGGUCCCAAGUCUCUUUGUAACGCGUGUGGCAUAAGACAAAGAAAGGCGAGACGGGCCGCAAUGGCUGCAGCCGCAGCUACGGGAGACGAUCAAGAGGUGGUGGCGGCGAGGCUGCAUCAGUUACCGGUGAAAAAGAAAUUGCAAAACAAGAAAAAACGAUCUAAUGGUGGUGACAAAUACAAUCUCUCUCCCCGAGUGGUGGUGAAGACAAAAAAGUGCAAGUUGAAAGAGGAAGAGGAUGGUGCCGAAAUGGUUGCCAGAGAUGCAGAGAUCAGCAAAUCAACAACAUCCUCUGAUUCUUCAGUUUCCUCGAACAAAUUUUGCUUCGACGAUUUGACGAUAAUUUUGAGCAAAAGUUCAGCUUAUCAACAAGUGUUCCCACAAGAUGAGAAGGAAGCUGCUAUAUUGCUCAUGGCUCUGUCGUACGGAAUGGUACAUGGUUGAUCAGACAAUUACAAUUAAAGGUUUUUUUAUAUAGUCAUAUAUAUAUACCAUACUAAUCAUAAUAAUGUUCAAUUUUUAAAUCUUGGAGUGGUUAGUGUGCUUUUGCAGCUGGUCUAAAAUGAGCAAAAAACAUAUUUUAAUAAGUGAGUGAGAUUUUAGUAUUUAUACUUAGUAGCUCUAUAUUUAUGUUUUGGGAGAUUUUGAUUUAGGGGCUAUGUUGUGGUUUCCCCCCCGAUGAAGCAUUAGUCACCCGAUAAUGUGGGUGUUCUUUGUUUACUACAUCUUUUAUAUUGUGUUUCGUGAUUUGAGAAGUUAUAUAAUCAGUGAAGAAUAGUUUUAUC